UCACCUCCUGCUGAGCUGAGGGAGAUAAUGGAGCUCCGGGCGGUGGUGGCCGCGCUGGAGAGCGGGGAGCAGGACACGGUGCUCAAGGUGCUUCAGGUCUACAACCGGGAGAAAUCUCAGUGCUUCACCUUUGACGAUGAGGAGCGGGAGGAGAGGAAGAGAAUGGCCCAGCUGCUGGUGAGGUUCCUGGAGAGGGAGCUGCAGCCGUCCUGCCAGGUCACCUGCCUGGAGAGCAUCCGCAUCCUGUCCCGGGACAAGUCCUGCCUGGAGCCCUUCAGCAGCAAGGAGGGGCUGCGGGCGCUCGCCAGGCACGCGGGCCUCCAUCCCUGCGAGGAGCUCAUCCGGGAGCUCCCCGACCUGGACGUGGUCCUGGAGGCCCUCAAGUGCCUCUGCAACGUCGUGUUCAGCAGCGCGCGGGCGCAGGCGCUGGCGGCCGAGGCCCGGCUCGUGGAGGGCCUGGCCGGGCGCGUGCGGCUCUGCCCCGGCAGCAGCCUCCCCCACGAGGUGAAGUUCUUCGACCUGCGGCUGCUGUUCCUGCUGACGGCGCUGCGGGUGGAGGCGCGGCAGCGGCUGGCGCGGGAGCUGCGCGGCGUCAGCCUCAUGGCCGACACCCUGGAGCUCACCCUCGCCGUGAAGUGGAGGCACCCCCACGAGGUCGCCACCCAGGAGGGGCCUCUCCCCCCUCUGCCUCGGCAGGAGACGGAGCGCGCCAUGGAGAUCCUCAAGGUGCUCUUCAACAUCACCUUCGACUCCAGCAAGAGGGAGGUGGAUGAGGAGGAUGCUGCUUUGUACCGGCACCUGGGGGCCCUCCUGCGCCACUGCCUCAUGAUCUCUGCCGAUGGAGAGGACAGGACAGAGGAGUUCCACAGCCACACGGUGAACCUGCUGGGCAACCUGCCCCUCAAGUGUCUGGAUGUGCUGCUCGCCCCCAGAGUGCGCCCCGGCUCCCUGGAGUACAUGGGUGUCAACAUGGACGCGGUCAGCGUCCUGCUGGACUUCCUGGAGCGCCGCCUCGACAGGGGACACAAGCUGAAGGAGAGCCUGACCCCGGUGCUGAACCUGCUGACGGAGAGCGCCCGCGUCCAUCGCCAGACCAGGAAGUUCCUGAAGGCAAAGGUGCUGCCGCCGCUGCGGGACGUGAGGACGCGGCCGGAGGUGGGGAGCGCGCUGCGGAACAAGCUGGUGCGGCUCAUGACCCACAUCGACACGGACGUGAAGCACUGCGCCGCCGAGUUCCUCUUCGUGCUCUGCAAGGAGAGCGUGUCCCGGUUUGUGAAGUACACCGGCUAUGGGAAUGCUGCGGGGCUGCUGGCAGCUCGAGGCCUCAUGGCCGGGGGCCGGGAAGAGGGCGAGUACUCGGAGGAUGAGGACACGGACACCGAGGAGUACAAAGAGGCCAAGCCCAACAUUAACCCGGUGACGGGCCGAGUGGAGGAGAAGCUGCCCAACCCCAUGGAGGGGAUGACAGAGGAGCAGAAGGAGUACGAGGCCAUGAAGCUAGUGAACAUGUUUGACAAGCUGUCCAGGGAGCAGGUGAUCCAGCCCAUGGGCAUCACACCCGGCGGCAGCCUGGCCCCCAUGCACUGCGCCCUGCGUGAUGCUGCUGAGGACCGCUCCUCGUCCGACUCGGACCUGGGGCUGGACUGAGCUGGGAGCCCCCCCAGUGCUCCAGGACCGAGCUGGGAGCCCCCCCCAGUGCUCCAGGACCGAGCUGGGAGCCCCCCCCCAGUGCCCCAGGACC